AUGUCAUAUGAAUAUUUUGACAAUAGUGAUAGAUUCACAUUAUAUGACAUUCAAGAUAUAGAAUACAAUCCAUGGAUUGAAGUUAAAACGAUUGCAAAUAAAGGAAGAUGUAUAUAUUCAAAAAAGUUUAUUCCAAAAGGAACAAUUAUAUUCAAAGAUAUACCACACUCUGCAAUAGUUGAUAACCAAUAUAAAAAGAAUAUUUGCAAUACUUGUUUUAAAUUAUUUCUAGAGUCAAAUAGACAUAAUAUUAUUACAUGUCCUAGUUGUGGAGAGGUAAAUUAUUGUUCAGAAUAUUGCAAACAAUUUAGUAAAAUAGAUACAAGACAUUUCGAACUCGAGUGCAAAUGGAUCCACGAAUUUUCAAUUUCAUAUAAAUAUCAAUUAUCUGAAGAUGAUAGAAAUAUUGUUUUGUUAAUAUUAAAAAUUUUAGCAAGAAGAAUCUAUGAAAAGAAACCUUUGGUUUUUCAUAACCCACCAAUAUCUUCACUACCAGAUAAUGCAGCAUCAUCAGCUUUAAAUGAAACCAAUAGUUCCAAUGAAGAGAUAUCAUUUUCAAAUGUCGAAAAUUUACCAAUGAUUCCAAACGAAGUUCAAGAUUUAAUUGAUCAUCUAGAUGAAUAUUUAGCAAAUAUAAAGAAUAGUAAUGAACAAGAGCCAAAAGAACAAGGAAAAGAAAAUGAACUUUUAAAGUAUUCUAAAAUAUGGAAAAAUGAUUUAAAGAAAUUAAUAAAUACUUCACUUAUUAUUAGAAAUUUAGUUAUUGACUCAAUAGAAGAAGGCCACCCAAAUAAAAUAAUAAAUAGUGGUUUCAUAGAUAGUGAAGGUGAUUCAGAAAUGACAGAUUUUAACGAAGAACCAAAAGAUAUAAAAGAAAUAGUUGAAAGGUUAACAGAUUUCGACCUUAAUAUUUUAAGAUUGCUUUGUAAAAUUAGAUCAAAUUAUUUUGGAUUAUGGCACACUGGGUAUAAAUCAAAUUUAAAUAAACCAAUUUUUGAAAUUACCGAAACUAUGAAAGAAGAAGGUAAUAACGAAACAACAAAAAAAGAUGAUGAACCAACAAAUCAAUAUAUGUGGUGUGGCUCUGCAGUUUAUUUAAAGCUAUCACUAUUUAAUCAUGGCUGCUUCCCAAAUUGCACAACUUUAUUAGAGUACAAUAUCAAUCAUAAUGACUAUAGUUAUUAUCAAGGAUUUGAAAGUGACAAUAGAUUAUCAAUUUCAAUAAUUACUUUGAGAGAUGUUCCUCAAAAUUCAGAAUUGUUAAUAACAUACAUUCCACUUAACCAAAAAGGCCAUGAAAGAUACCACAACUUAAAAUCAAAUUGGAUGUUUCCAUGUGACUGCUUACGUUGUUUUCAUGAAAAAACAAACCCAGAACUUACAGAAAAAAUCUUUAAUGACUCUAGUUGUAAAAAUUCAAAAUGCAGUGGUGGCCUAUUAUUACCAAUCGAGCCAAACUCAAAUGAAGGUAUUUGCAGAGUUUGUAAAACUAUUAGUGCACCCUUACCACAAUCGUUCGGUCCAUUAAUUUAA